AUGCAGGCCUCACCGUUGUCUCCUAUCCCUUACAUGCACGGCUGUGGUGGUUCCUUGAUCCAUGAGGAGUGGAUCCUAACAGCUGCCCACUGUUUCAUGACCCCCCUCCAACAAACCUCGUACUGGCGCAUGUGCCUGGGGAAGCACUACAUGAACUCGUCCUGGGACAUUCCGUCGGCAGAGGCGUGCUACAAGGUGGACGCCAUCAUCCGCCACGAGGGCUUUGUCUACGAGCAGGACCGUACCGACAUCUCCAACGACAUCGCCCUGGUGCACCUGGUGCAACCGGUCAACAUGACGAGGGAAAUCAGUCCUGUCUGUCUGCCUCAGCCCGGAGAGCUGGUGCAACCUGGGAAACGCUGCUUUGUCACUGGAUGGGGCGAUGAGAAAGGAAAUCUCUUCCCCAAAGUGUCUGAUAAACUCAACCAGGCAGCUCUUCCUGUAGUGGACUUCGAGACCUGCAGCAAGCCCGCCUACUGGUGGGAUGCCCUGCGACCCUCCAUGAUCUGCGCUGGUUACGAGUCCCCAGAUGAGCUCAAGUCAGCUUGCCAGGGUGACUCUGGAGGCCCAUUCGCUUGCACUGCCGCCGGGGACGACACCACUUGGGAGGUGCACGGCGUGGUUAGUUUCGGACCUCAGGGGUGCAUCAAAGACAAGAAACCGUCAGUGUUCACGCGCGUUUCGGCUUUUAGCCACUGGAUUAACGACAACAUCAAGAGGUUUAUAUAUGAAGGGACAACAACAUCACCGUAA